GACCGCGAAUGUAAACAAACCUCGAGGCUCGAACAUGUGGGAACGGCAGUGGAAGUAAACAUACGUGUUGAAAGUUGUGAUAUUUUUUUGUAAAUCAAAGAUGAAGUUUUCUUAUAAGUUUUCCAACCUUCUUGGUACGGUGUACAACCGGGGAGACAUCGUAUUUUCAAAUGAUGGUAAUACAGUUAUCUGCCCUGUGGGAAAUAAGAUAUCUGUCUAUGACCUGCGCAACAAUAAAUCCUAUACAUUGCCCAUAGAAGCCAAGUAUAACUAUAAAGCUCUGGCUUUGUCGCCCAAUGGUGUGAUCCUGUUAGCCAGUGUAUAUCGAGGAGAGGUGCAUGUCAUCAACCUAAAUUUCCGCAGAGUGCUGUACAAGAAGCACUUCAACAGAACGGUUCGCAGUAUCAAGUUCAGUCCAGAUGGAAAGCACUUUGCUGUGGCCAAAGAAGACACAGUGUAUAUAUACUUGGCACCGGGUGUUGACAGACGGAUAUUUAACCCAUUUGUCUUGGAGAGAGUCUACCAUGGAGCCAAUGAUCUCGCCACCUGCUUGGAUUGGUCUCAUGAUUCAAAGUUGCUUGCUUAUGGGUCAAGAGACAUGACAACACGUGUUUGUUCCUUUGUUAAGAUGAAGAACUUGACUGAAUAUCGCAUUGGUGGUGCCAGGGAAGGAGUUACUGGUGUAUAUUUUGAUGACAAAACAUAUAAUUUGUAUGUUGUGUGCAAGGAUGGCGGCAUCACCGUGUGGGAUUGCAGCACUGAUGAGAGCGGCCUCAUCCCUGAGUGCGAGAACCCUUACAAGGUCCGAGAAGGGGGAGGGAAGGCAGGUGCAGAAGAGGAAGAAGAGGAUGACAUUCCCAUUACCCAGGAAGAGAUAGAGGAAGAUGACAUGAAGGUAGAGAAGGCUGUGAAAAAGGAAGAAGCAGCGAAAGACAACCAAAGUAAAGACAGAGUGUUCUACACUCGUCGUUAUAAGCUGAACGUGAACAGUCACCUAAAGGGCAUGAGCACCACAGUGACGGCAACAGCUUUCCACAAGCGCAACAAGAUGAUGGUCACGGCGUGUGAGACAGGAGACUUCCUGCUCUUUGACAUGAAUGAUCAGGGAGCUCUUGUUCAUUCCCUGAAUAUAUCCAAUCAGAAAAUCACAAGCGUGGCAUUGAACCCUAGUGGUGACUGGAUCGCCCUUGGUGUCUCUUCCAUCGGUCAGCUCUUGGUCUGGGAAUGGCAGAGUGAGACUUACAUCCUUAAACAACAGGGUCAUUAUAACAGUAUGAGAGUUGUGACGUACUCCCCAGAUGGUCAGAACCUAGCAACAGGUGGUGAAGAUGGCAAGGUCAAGUUAUGGUCAACCCAGUCCUCGUUCAGCUACGUCACUUUCUCAGAACACACAGCUCCCAUCACAGGACUGGAGUUUACCCAGAGUGGGAGAGCAGUUAUUUCAUCUUCACUGGAUGGAACUGUACGAGCUUUUGAUCUGAUUAGGUACAGAAAUUUCAAGACCUUGACUUCCCCACGUCCAACACAAUUCACGUGCGUCACUGUUGACAGUAGUGGAGAGCUGAUAGCUGCAGGAGGCCAAGAUAAACACGAUAUUUACUUGUGGUCACUCAAGUUGGGGAAGUUGUUAGAGGUUUUAGGUGGCCACACGGGACCAGUUGUUAGUGUGCAGUUCUCCAAGCAGCCAGGAAGCACAAUGAUGGUAUCGACAGCCUGGGAUGGCACAGUGAAAGUAUGGGAUGCCAUCAAUGAUACAGCAGCCAAGGAGAAUGUCAUGAUGUCAGCUGAUGGACUUUGUGUAGCAUUCCGGCCAGAUGGGAAACAGGUAGCUGUUGCGACACUUGAUGGACAGAUCACGAUGCUGAAUCCAGCUACUGGCCGUCAAGAAGGGAACAUUAUCGGACAGGCUGACCUUGGUGCUGGGCGGUCGGCAAAAGAUAAAGUCACAGCAAAGAAGAAUCUAGAGUCAAAAGCCUUCACUACCUUGUGCUAUUCUUCGGAUGGGAAAUAUUUGAUUGCUGGAGGACAGAGCAAGCAUGUUUGCAUAUACAGUAUUGAGGAUGAAAUUCUUAUCAAAAAGUUCCAAGUGACAAAGAACAAAAGUUUUGAUGCCAUGAGUGAUAUACUGAAUCGCAAGAGGAUAACCAAGGAUGGAACCAACCUGGCAGAGGUUGAACACCGUGGACACAGACCGGCAGAAGACAUCAAGCUACCUGGGGCGCGAAGGGGGGAUAUGUCUAAGAGGAACUUCUUGCCAGAGAUUCGAGUCACUUCCUUGACUUUUUCUCCUACAGGUCGCAGCUGGGCAGCGUGUACAAGUGAAGGCCUACUUGUCUAUUCACUUGACACCGACUGGCUCUUCGAUCCUCUUAACCUCGACAUCUCCAACACACCUUCCGCUGUCAAGCAUAAGCUCAAGGAAGAAGAUUAUUCCACAGCACUGAUGAUGGCCUUGAGACUGAACAUCAAUUCCCUCAAACAAGAGGUCCUGGAGACCAUACCUUUAAACUGUGUGUCAUUAGUAGUGAAUGACCUGGUGCAGUUGUAUGUUGAGAGCCUACUGCAGUUUGUGGCCGAGAGUCUCGAAACGACCCCACAUGUUGGUCUCUACUCCCGCUGGGCCACAGAACUGGUCACGCGCCAUGGCCAGGUCCUCAAGACCCGUGCACCGCAGAUCAUGAGCACCCUGAAUGCCUUGCAGAAGUCCCUCUCGAUUCACCACAGCAACCUCAGUAAAGUUUGUACACACAAUGAAUACAUGCUGAGUUAUCUACUAGCUCAAGCCUCCCUCAGAAGAAAAAGAAACCGUGCCAUCACACCUGGAGACGAAGAAGGAGAGAGCAAGGUCCCCUUCCUCACUUCUGAUGGGGAGAUGGAAGAUGACGAUGAUGGUGAUGACUUAGAGAACAUGUUUCUUGAAGAAGAAGUAGAGCCGUGACUGUGAGAGCACAUAGGAGAUUUAUAGGAAUAUUUUAUAAUGUGCAGGAGUCUCGGCUAAAAGAGUUGAGUUUGUUGAACUUGAUGUUGGUAUCUUAAUAAAAACUAUGAAAUGAU